GCAUAAGCCGUCUUGGUUAUAAAAGCGGUUUCAAUGAACAUUACACUGAAAUUUCAUAUACCAAACGAUCAUUUUACCGUACUCUGUGUCAGCACAUUGAAAUGCAUUUGAAAAUUGAUGGGUUCGUUCAUGAGAUGAAUGCAUUGAUCAAUGAUAUGAUGUUUUUUCAAAUUGUCCAGGCGGUUUUUGUGUUUGCAAACUCAUUGGUUCUUUUAAUUGGGUAUGACUUGACGUUCGUGGAAUUCAUUGUUCCCUUAUUUUGGCUGGCUGCAUUUUUAGCCGAAAUGUCAAUAUACUGCUUUUUUGGCAAUAAUAUCAUAUAUGCGUUUGAAGGCAUACAUCGCGGUAUUUAUACAAGUAAUUUCAUUGCAUUUGACAGAAAAACCAAUGAAGCUCUAUUGAAGAUGAUGAUGGUAACGUCCACACGCGAAAUGAAAAUUUCCGCCGUUGGCGUUGUACGAUUUGAAUUAAGUUUUCAAACAUUACUCAAGAUUUUGAAAACUACGUAUUCCAUCGUGAUGGUGAUUAAAUCCAUGUAAAAGCUAAAAUUGUGCGAGUUUUGAAAAAAAAAAUGAAAAUGACAACUUUAAAUAAAUAUUGACUCGGUUAAAAAGUGACUUUAUUUUACCUUUAACAAUUUGCCUUUUCUAAAACAAUACCAUAGCACUUAAUAAAAACUAUUCGUUUUUUAAUAAAAAAAUGAGCGCACUUGAAUUCUAAUUCAUCCAAAUCAGGUCAUCGUUUGCCUUGGCAAUUGCCCUCCACAAUUAUUUUUCAACGUUUAAAAUCCUCAAAUAAGCACUUUUAUCAAAUUAAACA